AUGUCCGUUUAUCGAUAUGAGUCUGAACGUUUGAACAGCUUCGCCAUAGACUGGCCUUUUCCUCGUCUAUGGAUACAGCCAACAGAUUUCGCCGCGGCUGGAUUCUACUAUACAGGCACGAGCGACGUCGUCAGAUGCUUCGAAUGUCAUCUAGAAAUAAGUCAGUGGAAUGCGGCAGGAGACAGUCCGAAGAAUGUGCACCAACGAGGUGCAAAAACUUGUAGAUUUGUUCAGAAUAUCCAGUGUGGUAAUGUACCGAUCGAUACGAAUCCUAAAGCAAUUACGAUAUUUGUGCCGGAAGCUACACUUGAGCUUUGUUUGAACAAUGAAGAUCGAGCAGAAAUCCCGCCAUCGUUAUAUCCAGAAUAUAGGAGUUAUGUUGCCAGAUUAAAAUCUUUUGCCAACUGGCCUCUAACAAAGACACAUAAUAUAGAAAAAAUGGCAGUUUCUGGUUUGUUUUAUAAGGGAAUAAAAGAUAAAGUAAUCUGCCAUCAGUGCGGUGUACGAUUUGAGGCGUGGGAGCCAAAUGAUGAUCCUUUAAUAGAACAUAUGAUAUUUUUCGAAGAUUGUUCUUAUAUGUGUUUAAUUCAUAAAAGUAUCCCACCUCCAAUCAAAUUGUUUGAAGAAUUUCAGAAACUAUGUGAGGAUGUUGCCAAAAGCUUUUCAAACUUAACCGAUUUAAAAGUAUCCGUAGAAGAUAAAAAUUUAUGUGAGAAUAUCGUCAAAAGUGGAGUUCCACGACUCGACAUUACUCGAUGUAAUCGCCAUAACUUGAAAAGCACAAAGAAAAAGGAAUUUGGACUCCAAGCCAAGAUUCAAGACGGAUCACAAUCAGCCAUGGCGAUCCUCGGGCCGUGGGAUCCGCUUCUUCAUGAAAUAACAUGCCAUAGAUUUGUCUUCGACGAUUACGAAUAUACCGACAUUAUUGCACCAAUACGUUGGACAUAA